UUCAUGUUAACCUUGGCACUGCCUGCUCUUCCCUUAUCAACACUGAUAAAUUCAUCUGCAGCCUCUUUUCUUGCUGCUUUCCUGCUGAAGAUUUCUACAUGAAAGGAAUGCUUUUUACUGAAAACGGGCUUACAUAAAAAAUAUUUUUAUUUUUACUUUGGGGCAAUGAUUGGUGCAUGUGGAGACAGUUCUUUUAAAACCUUUUCUUUUGCCUGAAGAAUGUGAACUUCUGCAUUUUGCGUUUGGAUUCUAACACUGGAAAUCUGACUCCAAAAAUCUAACUUUCUCCAUAGCUGGAUGGGAUCCUUCCAUUGUUUUUAGUGGGUAUCAAGCUGCAGAACAUACUUUUUCCUACUCACACAACUUGUUCUUACCACAUUUUUGUCUCGCCAACAUCCUGAAUAUUAGAAGGAUGGCACAUCACUUGCCUUCUCUGCUCCAAAGGAAAUUUAAAGUUAUUGUUUUCUUUUUCCUCCUUUUGGCUGUCCUGAUCCACAUAGUGUUGGACCUAGCAAUCCCUGUGGGGCAUAAUUCCUGUGUCUACACCCCAAAAGUAACAGAUUUCAUGGGUGUCCUACCUUCCAGUCCCAUCUCGUCAGUCCAGAAUAAGUUGAACCUGAGGAUUCUUCAGGACUUCAGUGGUAGCAACAGCUCCUUGGAGAAAGGACUUCGGUCUCUGGAAGGUGGAUCACAUACUGGUGGCGGGAGUGAUGGGGUUCUUCAAAGCCACAAUGUCAAGGAACAAUCAGAAGCAAAAACAGGGGGGACAGGCAAGUCUAAGCUGGCUGCCCUUUUUGAUCAUCCUCUCUAUAAGAUUCCAACCCCAAAGAUUACAAAGAAAGACAAGCUGUUUAUUAAGAAACCCAAGGUGAAGCUCUACGUGAAAAGUAGUGGAAGUGAUGAAUGGUCCAGCAGUAAGGCUGAUCUCUUUACACCAUACCAUACCAACCCUGCGUGGCUCCAGUUUCACACUGGCAUCAAUCGCUAUGAACUGUAUUCCCGCCAUGACCCCACCCGUCAUGUCUUGAUGGAGGAUUUGGCCACACAGGAGAUUAUCAGCUCAGUCCAGAAGACCGGAGGGACCCAACUGAAACUGAUCAUGACCUUUCCCAAUCAUGGGCAGGCCCUCUUCAAACCCAUGAAGCAAACCCGAGACCAGGAGACUUCUGCAGAUUUCUUUUACUUCUCUGACUUUGAAAGACACAAUGCAGAAAUAGCAGCCUUUCAUCUGGACAGGAUCCUGGAUUUCCGAAGAAUUCCCCCCGUUUCUGGCCGUUUGGUGAAUAUAACCAAGGAAAUUCGUGACAUCACAACUGACAAGAAACUGUUCAGGACUUUCUUCAUCUCUCCAGCUGGCAACAUCUGCUUCUUCGGUGUGUGCUCUUACUAUUGUUCCACCGAGCAUGCUUUGUGUGGCAAACCUGACCAGCUCGAAGGCUCCAUGGCGGCCCUCCUUCCUGACAGGGAACUGGCUGAACGUCGCCAAUGGAGAAGUCCUUGGAGGCGUUCUUACUCCAAAUACAAGAAAGCUGAGUGGGAACUGGACCAAGAUUACUGUGUUCAUGUGCGACGGACACCACCCUACAACAGAGUUUCCCGCCUUCUCAACCUCGUUGACAUGACUGUGCUCGACUUCCUCAUGGGAAAUAUGGAUCGCCAUCACUAUGAGACCUUUCAAAAGUUUGGCAAUGACACCUUUCUGCUCCACCUGGACAACGGCCGAGGGUUUGGAAGGCACUCCCAUGAUGAAAUGUCCAUUCUGGCUCCUCUCCAGCAGUGCUGCAUAAUAAGGAAGUCAACAUUCUUGCGGUUGCAACUGCUUGCCACGGAGCCUUACCGCUUGAGUGAUGUCAUGAGGGAGUCAUUGGCCACUGAUCGCCUAUCGCCAAUUUUGGCGGAGCCUCACUUGCAGGCGCUGGACCGGCGGCUCCAAAAGGUGAUCGCCAUGAUGGAAAACUGCAUGGAGACACAAGGGCACAAAAAAGUACUGAUAAAUGAUGAAAAAGAACAGCAGCGUGUGACCUUGGAACAGUUUGAGAAGAGAAGCGAAACAGCUUAAAGGGCCACACAGGACCAGGAUUUUCGGUGCCCUGGGCAAUGUUUGACUUUGGCGCCCCCCUGGCGGAGAAUUGCGCAGCAAGUUCUGGCUUUAACUUGAGCAAUGUAGGCUGCUCAUUCACACUGGGUUGAAUGACCAACCCAUGUGGAUGACCAGUGAAUGACUAGCCUGCACUGGUGUGGGGAUACAGAAAGAGGGGAAAGAGUUCAAGACCUCAGAGCCCAUCCAGUGCCCACCCUUCCCCUCUUGCCACUGCCUCCUUCCCCUCAGCAGUGCAGGCUCUGCAGUCCUCAAGACCGAAUUCAGGGAGAGGAAGCUUUUAAUGGGCUGUGAGGAGCUUACUUCCGUGACCAACCAGGCCCAACUGAAGCCAAGCCCACCAUCACGUGCACCACUUAUGUCCUGUUUUGGGUUCAGACACGUAAGAAACCAGGAUGGAGCUCCCUCCUGAGCAGCUGCAUCAGUAACAGAGUGGUGGGAGACAGGGAUGGGGUGGGGAUAACAUGCACGGAAGGGGGAGGAGGAGAAAAGCAAGCCGGAAACCAGCUAGGAGGCAGGUCCUGCCCAAUAGACUUCCGCCCAGAGACCUGCAGUGCCCCCCAAGAACUGGUGCUCUAGGCAACUGCCUCAGUCUCCCAUCAUCUCCAGCCACAAAGCCUAAUAGGCCGGGCCUGUUGGCCAACUGGUGGUAACUGGAGACGGACCUCUCCAGAUGACCUCAACGAGCAAUGGGGAUCAUACAGAAACUGGCUUUAAUUUAUUAAAGUUUAUGCAGUUUGA